AUGCCACUCAUACUAGAUAACUCUAUGCAAGUGGAUCUUAACAAUGUCGACGACUUGUUUGGCGACAACGUGCCCCUCUCAAUACCUGUCAGACCCCAGGGUAAACAGCUGCGACAACGGCUAGAUGAGCUGAGGAAUCGAGGCGCCUGCCAAACGGUCGCGUGGUCCAAAUCUGGCACAAUCGCUUCGUUGACUCCCGAUGGGCAGACCCUUGAACUUCGAUUCCUAAGAUGCCAUCCGGACACUGGGGUUUGGGAGCUCAGCGAGGCGACGACUUGCGAGCUUGUCAAGGGGUCGCCAGCAAUUCCCCUAGUGCAUCUAGAAUGGGGUCCGACUAACACUCCCGAUCUGGCCGUGAUAGAUGCAGCUGGGAGAGUUGCGUUGGUGAGCUUUGCCAUUUCGUUGAACCAUCCCUUCAUAAACAGGCACUGGGAGACGGACAUGAUUGACGACCUUCAUGGAGUCGUGGGCUGUUACUGGCUUCCCUUGGCCCCAGGAAGCCCAAGUAAACCGUUCAACAUCAUGUACGGGCCGGCAAAUAAGAACGGGAAUGUCUACCAUUAUGAAAACGUCUUUGUACAUAUUAUCGGACCACAUCAUCCGCAUUCGUCUAAAAGCGCCUUUUUUUGUGUGAACUCGGGCGGCAUGAUGAAGAUGUACUGGCCACAGAACAACAACCGCUGGGAGGAGACAACGAUGGAGCUUGAAAGUAUCAACUCAUCGGAUGAGCUUGUCACGCAUGCAGCUUUUGCUUCUGACAGAAAAAAUCUGCUCGCUGCUAUUGCAACCUCCUCCCGGCAACUCAAGCUGCUAAAAAUCGAGGUACAGUGGGCGGGACCUGGUUCUUCCUCGGAGAAGAAUACUAUGCCCCCGAAUGCAAGAUUAAACCCUGCGCUUGUGGAAACACAUGUUGCGUCGACCAGCUGGUUAUGUCCCGGUCCGAGCGAGACAAAUUAUGACGCUUCCAUUGCUGAACUAUCUUUUUUACAUCUGUUGCCGGCCAUAAUGGACAGCACUGGCUCCAGCACAGCCCCGCCAUUGAUCGUGACUGUCAGGUCGAGAUAUGUAGGUGACGGAUCCUUCCAGUCAAUUCAGAGCGUCUUGGACCGGUGGGAAGCCUUCGAGUCCAAGCAAGGUCUUGAUCCCGCCUUUGAGCAGCUUGGAAAUAGGAGAAACAGCGUUUCAUCGGAUCUAGCAAACGUUACAAGGCUCAAGAAGCUGGAGUCAGUUGUGAUCAACAAGGGCGUCAUUGGAAUCCAGGAUAUUCAAUACAAAAGGGUCCUCAUCUUCGCAAUGUCAGACGGGUCGAUUGAGUAUCGAGAUCGAUUUACGUUCGAAGAACUUUACGCGCAUGAGGAUCUCAACAAAGUCAUGACCAUGAGACAGGUCGGGUGGACAUUUUCCGAUAACGAACCCUGCUAUCAAGCCGCCUUCUCCCCGACAUAUUGCUCCAUGGUACAGAUUGGAGACGAUGGAAAGCUCCGGUGGAACAAGCUUCAGUACCCGUUAGGUGAUAUUGGCAACACUCCACAGGAUCCCCAUUACACUGCCACCAUUGCAGCGCUGUCCAUCGCAGCUGCUUUUGCCGUAUGGCAUAUGAGCAAUUUCGAUGAUGUUUUGGCAAUUGCCCGACCUUUGACAUCAAGAACGAGAUUCGUAUCCGAUUUCGUCGGCGACCUUAUUCGACUUCUGAAGAUCCAAGUCGAUUAUUCUGAGGAGAUGCAUCAUGACUCGCUUAUGAGGAACUCUCCGUUGCAGUCCUGCCUCAGCAUAAUGAGUAGCUUGGGGUUUCGAGGAGAAACUCAUCGACGAACAUUUCUGAGCAAAUUUUCCAUCAUUAGCCUGAAUAUGCGAAAUGUAGUGAUCCUCAUCACACUUGCAAGCAACACACCAACAAACAUCAGAGAGAAGAUGAGCCCGUUGGAUGAACACGAGGUUGUGGAAGCUUUGGCAGGCUGCGCAAAGUGGUCUGUCGAUUUACUAUGCUGGCUGAUUGACUGUCUGUUCGAGCUGAUGAACGACGACAAGUUCAAGCAACGACUUCAAGCGAAACAGCUGGGAGAGUUGAACCAAUAUCUCCACGAGAAGAAUGACGUGUCACUCCACCUGCUGCUCUCCUCGUCAAGUCGCAGCUUCGUGUCAGCUCUGUGCCGCAGGAUUUCCAUCCUGGAGAACAUUAGCAACAAGGCCAUCGACUUUUACAAACGGCAAGCAUCGGGGGACCAACAGAGCGGCGCCAAACCUCCCAAGCCUCAGCUGCAACAGGCUUACCAGAGGAUGCAGCAGGUGACAUCGACGAGCCUGAUCAGAGUGGCGGAACUGGAGAAGUUGCUAAACAUACUGGCUUCAGAUAUCCGGCAAACCUACGCAUCAUACCUACCCAGGAUAGUCAAGAACCAGCCCAAUCCGCCACAAGGGAAGCAACUCGACAUUGCCAUCAAGAACACCCAGGCUCAGUUUGAGAUGGUCACGUUACUUAGCGGGUCGCUUGGCCCGUCUUUCCUACCGGUGUUGAUCAAACUCUUUGGCAAGGAACUUCCUGCGUUUCGCAAGCUCACGGAUCCGGCCAAGUUGUUUUUUGCAGACUUUAAGCUUUUGGGGCUGGAGGACGACAAGAACAGUCUGACUGCCCGGAAGGCAAAGGGCGUGCAUGUGGACAUCUUCAAGAGGACAGAGCUACGAGAUGGGGGCGGAAGAAGCAGAUGGAGAAGAUGCACCAGGUGCACCGCGGUGAUGGAGGACGUCUAUGGCAGCCGCCCCGGAUUUACCUUUGUGCUGGCACAACAGCGCAAAUGUUCGUGCAGCGGGUACUGGGCACUGCUUCCCAAGGGGAAAGAGGUUCUGUAA